GGCGGGUUGUUGCCGCGGUAACGGCGCGGCAGCGGCGGCGAUGGAGGGCGGCGGGCGGCCCUCGGUCGCGCAGGCCGCACUGCUGGCCGCCAGCACCGCCCUCACCGCCCUGGUCUACUCCGUCUACCGGCAGAAGACCCGUGUCGCCCGCGGCCUCGAGGGCGCCAGGAGGGUCCGGCUGGAUGGGGACCUGCGGGCGGUGCUGCUGGAGGCGCCGGGGCGCUGCGUUCCCUACGCGGUCAUCGAAGGCGUAGUGCGGUCCGUUAAGGAGACGCUGAGCAGCCAGUUUGUGGAGAACUGCAAGGGCGUCAUUCAGAGGCUGACGCUGCAGGAGCAUAAGAUGGUGUGGAACCGAACCACCCACCUCUGGAACGACUACGAGAAGAUCAUCCACCAGAGAACCAACACCACCCCCUUCGACCUGGUCCCUCUGGAGGAAGGUGCCGGUGUCACCGUCAGGGUGAUGAAGCCGCUGGAUGCCGCCGAGCUCAGCCUGGAGACAGUGUACGAAAAGUUUCACCCCUCCGUCCAGUCCUUCACUGACGUCAUCGGCCAUUACAUCAGCGGAGAGCGCCCGAAGGGAAUCCAGGAGACGGAGCAGAUGCUGAAGGUGGGCACGGCGCUGACGGGGGUGGGAGAGCUCGUCCUGGAUAACACCACGAUCAAGCUGCAGCCCCCGAAGCAGGGCCUGCCCUACUACCUCAGCGGCGUGGAUUUCGACUCCUUGCUGCAGAAACAAGAAUCGAACGUCCGGUUCUGGAAAAUCCUGACCGUCGUUUUCGGUUUUGCCACCUGCGCCGUCCUCUUCUUCAUCCUACGGAAGCAGUACCAGCAUCACCGAGAGAGGCGGCACCUCAAACAAAUGCAGGAUGAAUUCCGGCAGGCCCAGGAGCGACUGAUGCGUGAAAUGAAGGCGGAAGGCGGAGAGACGCUCAAAAACGCCUGUGUCAUCUGCUUGAGCAACACCAAAUCCUGCGUCUUCCUGGAGUGCGGGCACGUUUGCUCAUGCAGCGAGUGCUACCGGGCCCUCCCCGAGCCCAAAUGGUGCCCGAUCUGCCGGCAGGCCAUCUCCCGGGUGGUUCCCUUGUACAACAGUUAAAUUCCCGUGGCCGGGGGGAAGCUUUUGGCGUUAAAGCUGCCUCUCGCAGAGGGGUUUUCUUGCCUCGCUGCUUGGGCGCGUGAUUUUGGGGAAGGGGAGGGAGUUUGAGCGAGUGGGGUGCUUCAACUGGGGUGCAGAGCCAGGUCUUAAAAGGCUGAUCCGGGCUGACAUCGUGCUCCGGAGGUUUUUGGGGGGAAACAAGGAGUUCUCGCAAAGGGCGUGGUGCUCAGCUGGGAGAUGUAGCAUCAGGCUCUUCCAUUAAGAGUUGGACUCGGCGUUUGUGUUGUGGUUUACCGAAAUAACUGGCUUAUAAAAAUGUUGUAGGGGAGAAAAAAAAAAGAUGUAUUAUGGCUUCUCAGAGGCUGCAGAAUUUGGGCAACGCUGCCACCUGGCUCCGGGGAUGGAGGGAGCAGCGUGGGCUUUCAGAGAGCUCGUGUGGGGCUGCGUGUGAACACGAGCAAUUUAGUGAUCGUCUGCAAAGUCGGUGUGUGACCGUAUCGCGCCAGGACGGGGAGGGGAAAACGCUGUGGCUGAUUUCUGCACUUGGCUUGAGCCGGGAUGGAAAAUGGGAUGUAAAGUAAUAAAAGAGGAUGAAAAGCA